AUGGGGCCACGGCUUCCCCUCCUGGUAGCGGCGCUGGCCAGCUGCCUGCUUCCUGCCCUGGGCUGUGUCAUAUGUGAUACAAAGGUCGUGGAGGCGCUAAACUCCUUGGAGACGGAUUACUUGCCUGGCCACCUGGGGGCUGAGCAUCACAAAAACGUGAUGGAAAGGGUAAAGCUGGCCGUGCAGAAUUUCAAGGAACUGCCGCUUGACGAGGAUUCCUAUAUGGGGGUCGUCGAUGAGGCCACACUGGAAAAGGCAUCUUGGAGUUUGCUGAAGGAUCUGAAACGCAUCACGGACAGUGAAGUAAAAGGUGAGCUCCUGGUGAAGGAGCUGUUCUGGAUGCUGAGCCUGCAAAAGGAUACCUUUGCCAAAUAUGUCGCUCAGUUCCAAAAAGAGGCUUUUUGUCCCAACAAAUGCGGUAUGAUGUUGCAGACUCUGAUCUGGUGCAGCACCUGCGAGAAGCAGGUUCAUGCCUGUCGGAAGUCCUUGGACUGUGGGGACCGCAAAAUCAACGUCCAUGAAAUGGAAGACAUGAUCCUCGACUGUGAGCUCAACUGGCAUCAAGCCUCUCAAGGCCUGACCGAUUACAGCUUUUACAGGGUUUGGAAGAACAAGACCGAGACCUUGGUGUCCAAGGGGAAAGAGCCCACCCUGACAAAGACCAUGGUGGCUCCGAAGGAUGCAGGGACUUAUCGCUGCCAGCUGGACACUGUGAAAUCCAGCCCUGCCACCAUCAUCCGUUUUCAUGUCACGGUGUUGCCCAAAAGAAUCGUGGAGGAGACAUCGUCGUCAAACAUCCCAAGCCAGGCUGAGGUGGCCCCCGAUGAGAUAACUUGGGGUCUCACCAAGCCAUCUACAACCCUCCAGCCUCUGUCGUCACAGUCUCCGAAGGUGGAGAAUAUGCUAGGAAACCUCCUGGCCGGGCUGCUGAGCUGGGGCUUCAUGGUGCUGAUAGCCAGCAUUACCAUCUUGUGA